CAAUCGCUCACUCACUUUUAUUAUUCAUAACAAAAUGGAAGAAUGAAAGAGCAUAUUUUCGAGUAUUUUGAAGCGCGUAAAAUAAUGGAGAAAUCAAUUCAAAACGAAAUUUGUGCAAAAAAAGUGUCAAAGUUAAACAGUGCGUGUGGUUUUCGAAGAAGAAUCCAAAAUAAAGUUCAAUUUCAACGAGGUCAAAUUUCAAUUGCUUUAUCUUUUAAUCGGCAAGUACAUCAUCAAAGUCGACAUUGCAGCUGGCGAGGAGCCUGUGAUCGGAGGACAUUGCGUAGAUUAACUUGUUGUGACUUAGUGUAAACGAUGUACAAGUUACAAUCGGAAGGUGCCUUCUCGAAUCGAUUUCGAUUGGGAUACGACAAUAUGCAACUCAAACCGGAUUACCACGACCAUCACCGUCACUUCAGUCUAAUCGGCAAUCUCGGCAUGAACGAGCUGAACAACCGCAAGACGUUCGAUUACAUGAAGUCGUGCACGGAGAGGCCGACGGUCGCGACGAGUUAUCAGACCGUCAGGAGGGAAACGCCGCCCGUGCCCGCCGAGAGGGCGGAGGCCGAGCAGGCGAGGGAACCGGCGAAGUCCAGGAAACGAAAGCGACACCGUAAACGAAAUCGAAGAGGUCGCAACCGGAAGAACAAGUCGCGCGAGGACCCUGCCCCUGCCUUGGUGGCACAGUUCUGCGCGAUUUCCAUUGAGACCCCGGACGAAGUGGAUGGGUGCUUUAGCGUACGCCCCAAUUCAUUCUGUCGUACUCGUUUACCCUCCGACUGCGACAGCGAGGACAGUUUCAUCGUAUUUGGCAGUGAAAAUGUUGCCACCCCGUUUUACUCCCCCGAGUGUAGGCCACGCUUUAUGUCCGAGUGUAUCAGCGAGGACAGCUUUAUCGUGUUCGACGGCCGUAGCGAAUGCGGCGAUUCGGUGGUUUUCGAUUCCUCUCAGGGCGAUUCUGACGAAGUGCCCGCGAAAAAGGUUAGAUUCGCGAGCGAAGAAAACUUGUGCGAGGUCCACCCGAUGAUUCAAUGGUCGUACGCGUACCAAAAGGCGCGCAAAGGUCCUUGGGAGCAGUUCGCGCUCGACCGAAUGCGAUUUCGCAAUCGGGUCGCGAACGUCCAGCCGAUCUUGGACCGUAUACUCGAACCGUCGCAUCGCAGCAAAAUCUACAAGGAACGAUUUAGCGGCGGAGGCGCGAACUAGAAACGUCGAUUUCCGUGGAGGGAACCAACCGGUCCGGUUCUUUACGUAUCAAUGCAAAGAGAGAGAGAGAGAAGAUGUGUUCGACGACUGCCGUACGACGGUCCGAUUGUGAUAUGUAAAUAGGAAUUAAAUGCGUACCUGAUUUUGUGUAAGGCCAUCUGAUGGCCUUGAUUGGAACUUUCGGCGGAUGGCGAAAGUGUCCUCAUUUUAUUUUUACCACGUGUAGGUUUAGUGCUAGGGGAUAGUAAAUUAAAUUGUGCAGACAUGUUGGGUUGGUCGCUUUCUUGGGGCGCAUUAGCGAGGACGAUAGGUAUCAAGUCAGUAUGGCUGCAAGUAUUUUUAUCUUAUGACUAAAUUACUAACUUUGAACGCCUUUUAAGUCAUCGCGCUUUAAUUUACGCAUUGUCCUUGUUGUGGUCGAUUAUUUGUUCUAGUCUCUAGACCAACUUUUCCAAUUUUAAUUGUCAACUGUUAUGGAUUGUACUGGCGUUACUUUGAUGCAAUUGUGGAUAACUAUUGAUCUUGUCUAUAGUUUCGUAAAAUAAUUGACUGAUUACAUACGUUGCAUUUGCAUUGUAUAAAUCAUGGGCUAUAUUAUUAUUAAAGUUAUGGUGGUGUUAGAUUAUAUUUUUACUAUUUGUUUUAGUUAUUGUUGUACCUCAGAGAAUAAGUAAGGAGUACCAACAUCAAUGAAUUAAAUUAGCUUUAAUUAAA